UUCGCCAGGUCAGAGCCAGAAGGCACGUCCACAAAUAAGGCGGAGCAGAAAACUUUAUUUUUAUCCGUAGACGCACUUCCGCUUCAGAGUAUAGGCCGUGAAGCAGAGCAGGAGUACGGAACGUCGAAACGAUGGUGACCCAGGAGCCGCCUCGGUGCUGCGGCUAUUUCAAUGUCCGCUCGGUGGUGUUGGGGGUGGCCGUGUAUUAUGUGUUUGUCAGCCUGCAGGCCUUGGUUUGGCAGACGGUGGCCGUGGUUAAAUGCAGCGGGGAGUGUCCGGGGCCGUGGAGUUCGCCAGGGUCCGUGGCGGUGAUUUACUCCCUUGGGCUGCUACUACUUCUCCUCAGUCUUUGUCUGCUGUAUGGGGUACUACGCACACGCCCCGGCCUCUUACUCCCGUUCCUGGCCUUCCAGAUUAUUGACUUCCUGGGGUCUCUGCUUCUCUUCUGCGGCCUGUUCAUGCGCUUCCCUUCCGAGCUGAGACUGAUCAGCACCAGGCCUUACCUGUCUGGCAUCGAGGAGCAGGAAAAGCCGACUGUAGUGGAGGAUCUCGUCCUUGUAGUCUUCCUCUCCUUACUGAUGCUGCUGCUCAAGUUGUAUCUGAUCCGCUGUGUUCUCACCUACUACCGCUUCCUGCUCACACGCUCGGCCCCCACACAACACGAAGAAGAUGGUUUGGCCGUGAUCGUGGUACCGGAGUGUGAGAAGAACCCUCUACUUCUGCCCACCUAUGAGGAGGCGAUAAAAAUGCCAGUCAAGGAUAGCCCCCCACCUCCCUACAGCCAGGACCCUCUCCCAGCACAGCCACAAGGCAAGGAGGCCGAGUAAAAGGCUCAUCUUUCAUUAGGGAGAGAUCUAGUAUUCACGGCUUCAGUUGAGACUGCAUGAUUUCAUGACUUCCAGUCUUUGCUGUAUACAAAACCUUCAUCUAAUACAAAUGCCCUUCAGCCUUUGGCAGGAAUGCCAGGCCUGUGUCCCUCUUGGCCAGCCGUAGUUGAAAGUCCAGUCUAACCACACUCAUCAUACAAGAGAUACCCCUCCCAGCAAGUGGACACAUGUACUGAGAUUAUCAGGAAUAAACAAACAGCAUGGACAUCUCUACGCCACAAUCUGAUUUAUUUUGGACUAUCCCUUAACUCAUUUCAGACCAUCAAGCAUUCCUUAUGUCAACUUUUUUUCCCCUACACAUGGCUGUCUAUGCUGGUGACGUCUAUUUUGUGGCCAGUUGGCUCCUGCUGAACUACAGACUGAGAUAAUGACAGGGACUAUGCAACAAAGGAGACCAUGAGGGUUGCCACCUUUUCUGGAAAAAAAUACCGGCCUUCCUAUAUAUUUAUCUUUUUUCCCUAUCGAUAACAUUGGGAUCAACCAUCAUUUUUACUGGCCACACCAGUAAAAUAACAACCAUGUGGCAACCGUAGUUGCAAGUAUUGUAAAUUGCAUUUCAUAUCAUCCCUGUUCGUAUCAAAUGUUUAUCAACCUCAAGGCAGACUUAUCAAGAUACAAGUUAUUGCUAAA